AUGCAGGCUGUUAAAAUUGAUGGAGUUCUAUCAGACUGGAAUUCAGUGAAGGGUGGGGUUCCUCAAGGAACUAAACUAGGCGUAAUUCUCUUUAUUGUUAUGACAAACAAAUUACUCUGGGAAUGGAAUCUUCGGACUAAAUUUGUCGAUGACACAUCCGUACUGGAGAUUAUUCCAAGAAAUUCCAUUAUCGUCCUAAACAAUGCUGCUGCUGACAUACAUAAUUUUGCCAUAGAGCAUAAUAUGAAGCUAAAUCCUACCAAAUGCAAAGAAAUGCUUAUUAACUUCCUACGCAAUCCAAACUUUCUAAUUAAACCUAUACAAAUAGGUAACUACGUUAUAGAACAAGUGGAGACUUAUAAGAUCCUAGGUGUAAUCAUGAGUAGUGAUCUAAAGUGGAACUGUCAUGUCGACCACAUUAUCAAGAAAGCCAGUAAGAAACUAUAUUCGCUAAGGGUACUGCGUAGAGCUGGAGUCGAAAAUGAUAAUAUCUUAAAAGUUUAUUUAACUACAGUACGACCAGUGCUGGAAUACGCCGUACCG